AUGUCUUUUGAAGAACAGGGCAUUCCGGUUGAAGCGACUUCGUCACCGCCUGUGGUGACCAUCACCGAUCGGCAGCAAGAGCGAUUGAACGCCUUGCUCGAAGAACAUGGUGCUACCUGGGACUCCCCUGACGAUCCCCACGAUCCCUACAACUGGUCUUCCAUACGGAAAGUUUCAGUCGCGCUGAUCGUCUCGCUGGGGCAACUCGUCACCCUCAUGUCGACUAGUAUGAUGGCCGCCGCGUUGACUCAAAUUGGCGCCGACCUUCACCUAGGCAGUACGGCUACUCAGGUCACCUUCUCAAUCUUCAUCCUGGGUCUCGCCUUUGCUCCGUUUCUAAUCGCUGCUCUCUCCGAAAUGUACGGGCGGCGACCGGUAUGGAUUGCCAGUAAUCUGUUCUAUAUCUUGUGGAAUGCACUGUGUCCCGUGAGUUCCUCAGUCGGGCUCAUGACGGCCGGGCGAUUCCUGGCCGGAUCAGGCGCCAGUGCAGGUAUCACGCUCACGGGUCCUAUCCUGGCGGACAUGUAUCGGCCGGAACAUCGAGGACGCUCCCUCGCGCUGGCCACCUUUAUCCCCUAUCUGGGUCCGGCCCUGGGUCCCAUCAUUGGCGGAGUAAUCUCUCAGCAUCUGCCGUGGGGCUGGCUAUUCUGGAUCCUCUCCAUGUUCGACGCCGUGAUUGUACUGAUCGGCAUCUUCUUUCUGCCGGAAUGCUACACCCCAAGUCUACUUCGGAAGAAGGCCGCCCUCCACCGCUACCGUCAGAAUGCCACCACUGCUCCCCUCUCCUCCUUCAGCAAACACUCUCUCACGCACAAAGCCUUCUAUCAAGACCUCAGCGCCCGGCUAGGCGCCCACCUCAUUCGACCACUAGGUCUCCUCAUCUACCGCCCAGCGAUCCAGGUCAUCGCGCUGAUCAUGGCGCUGAACUUCGCCAUCUACUGCCUCCUGCUGUCCACCUACGCGACCCUCUGGAUCGAGCGGUACGGCGAGUCCGCGACAAUCAGCAGCCUGAACUACAUCGCCCUCGCGAUCGGCACCAUCACCGCCUCGCAGGCGGGCGGCCACCUAAUGGACCGAAUCUACCGAGCCCUAAAGGCGCGCCACCCCGACGGCGCACCCACCCCAGAAGUCCGGGUCCCGUUCCUGGUCCCCGGCAUCCUCCUGAUCCCCGUGGGUAUCUUUCUGUACGGCUGGUCGGCGGAGGGACGCCUGCAUUGGGUCGUCGUUGAUGUCGGCACCGCCAUCUUCGUCACGGGCAGCUUCAUGCUGUCCCAGGGCAUGCUAGCCUACCUGCUGGACGAGUUCACCACGCACGCCGCCUCGGCCACCGCCGCCGCGCGCAUGUUGUCCAACAUCCUCGGCUUCGUCUUCCCCAUCUUUACCCCGGAUCUGUAUGCCGCCCUCGGGUACGGGUGGGGGAACAGCCUGCUGGGAUUCAUCUUUGUUGCGGUGUGUUGGCCUAUUCCUGUGAUACUGUGGGUCUACGGAUCCCGCUUACGAGCUAUUGGGCGGACGUGAAAGUCGUAGAGUCAGUGCUUUUGGGCCUUGUCAUCUUGUGCAGCUGCAUGAUGUCCGAUAACAUUGGGGAAUCGGGGGAGUGAGUGCUCGGUCUAGAUCGGAUUUAGAUUCCUGCCGGUAGCCCCGAGCUCCGAGCUCGGGACUUCGGUCUUUAGAGCUGCAUAGUCGAAC